AGACACUGCAUCGUCAAAUGCAUCCCUUCCUGGCUCACAACAGGAACCAUCCUCUAUGACACCCAGAACUAAUGAGACAUCCAAAGAAUAUGAUGGCAUUGAAAUAAACCUAAUGAUUGAUUCAAUUUCUAAUGCAUCUCUUGAUGUCAUCGUUAACAGCACCAAUAAAAACCUUGAGCUUAGCAAUGGUUCUAUCUCCAAAUUUAUUCUCCUUGCUGCUGGUCCUGAGAUACAAAACGAAUGUAACCAGAGAUAUCCUCAAGGUAUUUCUACAUCUAAAAUAGCCAUCACUAAAGGAUAUAACCUCAACUGUAAGAAUGUAUUUCAUCUGGCAUUACCUCCCUGGGAUGAAAAUUCCCCUGAUUCAAUCUGGCAAACUUGACUCAAAUAAUAACCACUUGUCUGGAAAAGGCUGAGAGAAUGGGUGCAAAAAGCCUUGCAUUUCCUAUAUUAGGGGCUGGAACAUUGAAGUACCCCAUUGAAAACCUACCCAGAACAAUGUAUGAAGCAGUGAAAAACUACUCAGAUCUAAAUUCAAGCCAGAUCAAAGUUGUAAACUUUGUGGUUUAUCCUCAAGACACAGAAAUAGCAAAGAAAUUUGAUGAAUAUCUCCUAAGUAAACAGGAAAGUGAAGAAUUUCAUUCAAAAGACACUGCAUCGUCAAAUGCAUCCCUUCCUGGCUCACAACAGGAACCAUCCUCUAUGACACCCAGAACUAAUGAGACAUCCAAAGAAUAUGAUGGCAUUGAAAUAAACCUAAUGAUUGAUUCAAUUUCUAAUGUAUCUCUUGAUGUCAUCGUUAACAGCACCAAUAAAAACCUUGAGCUUAACAAUGGUUCUAUCUCCAAAUUUAUUCUCCUUGCUGCUGGUCCUGAGAUACAAAACGAAUGUAACCAGAGAUAUCCUCAAGGUAUUUCUACAUCUAAAAUAGCCGUCACUAAAGGAUAUAACCUCAACUGUAAGAAUGUAUUUCAUCUGGUAUUACCUCCCUGGGAUGAAAAUUCCCCUGAUUCAAUUCUGGCAAACUUGACUCAAAUAAUAACCACUUGUCUGGAAAAGGCUGAGGGAUUGGGAGCAAAAAGCCUUGCAUUUCCUAUAUUAGGGGCUGGAACAUUGAAGUACCCCAUUGAAAACCUACCCAGAACAAUGUAUGAAGCAGUGAAAAACUACUCAGAUCUAAAUUCAAGCCAGAUCAAAGUUGUAAACUUUGUGGUUUAUCCUCAAGACACAGAAAUAGCAAAGCUAUUUACUGAAUAUCUAAAUAGAGAGAAAAAUGAAGGAUUUCAUUCAAAAGAUGAUGAAGAUGAAGAAAUAGAAGAUAAUGUCUCUGCUGGUCAAAAAGACGUUGGUGUCACAUUGAAAUUCUUUGCUGAAUACCAAAAUCUUGACAAUGCUAUAGAAACUGUUAAAAAGGAGUACGAUUCUCUAUUAACAACUGAGAAAAUACCAUUUGAUGUGGACUUGACAGAAUCUCGAAAGCCGAAUUUAAAGAGUAUUGGUACAGAUCAUGAAGUCCAGAUUUCUAUCAGGGACAAAAUUGAAAUUCAUGGCAGACAUUCUCAUGUAAAAAAUGCUAAACUUGAUGUCCAAUCAUUAUUAAUGGAAUACAAAGAGGCUGAUGAGGAAAUCAUUUUUAAAGACAUUGCACAAUGGUCUUACUUUGAUGAAAAUAAUCCAGAAAACAUAAGAAUGUUUAGUGACAAAGAAAAUGCCAUGCUUGAGAAAGCAUACUCACUGGGAAAAAGAUUCCUUAAUUUGAAGAAAAUAAAAUAUGAUAUUAAGAAAAUGUGUUUUCAACACGAAGGGAGGAAAUUUAAAAUGAAGAGAAAACAAAACCUAAGGUAUGAACCAAUCCCAGAUACAUGGUCACCAAUGGAAGAUGGGGAAUUAAUUAAAAUUGUUCCAGUCAAAAAUGGACCAGAAUAUGAUGACAUCCAGGCCACUUUCAGUCGGAAUUUGCCUUCCUAUCGUAUAAUCAAAAUUGAGAGAAUUCAAAAUAAAACAUUGUACCAGGGAUACCAAGCAUUGAAAAGAAAAUUUGAGGUAGAAAAUCCAAACAUUACAAAUGAAGUUGAUGGCCUUUGGCAUGGUACUGCUGAAGGAUCUAUUGAUGGAAUAAAUAAAUCAGGAUUCAACCGUAGCUAUUGUGGUAAAAACGCCACCGCAUUUGGGAAUGGAGUUUAUUUUGCCAGACGCAUCCGUUAUUCUGCAAAUGAUAAAUAUUCUGUUCCUGACGCUAACAAAACAAAGAGAAUAUACAAAUGCAGUGUUCUUGUGGGAAGAAUGAUGCAAGGACACCGGAGAUUAAAAGUUUUACAGGAUUCUUACAAUUCUGCUGUUGAUGAUAUUCAAAGACCCAGGAUUUAUGUUGUUUUCCAUGACUUUCAGGCAUAUCCUAAUUAUUUGAUUACAUUCUCUGUUUGAAAAUGAAGUCUUUCGUAACACUAAAACUAUUCAAAUUUGUAUACGCUGAAACUAUGCAGACUUGUCACACUAAAACUACAUGUAAUCAACAGUAUCUGACCUUGAUUGUUUUUGCACAAAAUAAUUAUGUGUGAGCAAAAUCCAUAUGGUUAAGUAACCAUGUCCUUCAUGAGCAUGUGCAAAAACUUUCAUGCCUGCAGUGACACAUUGAGUACAGACGUGGAGAGUGUGCUGUGUGACUUUCCUUUUUUGAGUGAAGAUAACUGAGAGCAUUGAGCAAAGAUACUCAAUCAAAUUCUGCCCAAAACUUGGUGAUACGCCAGCCCAAACUAUCGAGAAGAUUCAGGUGUUUGGAGAUGAUGCCAGGGGGAAAACACAAAUGAAGGAAUGGUUCAGCCAGUUCAAAGAUGGCUGCACCUCAGUGGACAGUGAGCCAUGAAUAUGCACCACAAGGUCAGACAAUUAACAAAGAAUACUACGUGGGUAUUCUUCAUCACCUUUGUGAAACUGUGUGACAAAAACAACCCGACCUGUGGGCAGCAAAGAACUGACAACUCCAACAUGACAAUGCACCCACUCCUUCUACCUACAUCGUCCAAGCAUCAAGCAAAACACACCACUUGUUCAUCAGGCUUCCUACUUCCCAGACUUGGCUCUGUGUGACUUUUCGCUGUUCCCAAAGCUCAAAAUAACAUUCAAAGAGGGAAGAUUUGAGUCAACAGAAGACAUUAAACAAAA